GUCACUGGAGGAGAGGGAGAGGAGGCAAACCUUUAGGACAUUUAGAAUAUGAAAAUUAACAGGCUUCUUGAGAAAAUCAGAAGGUGUGGCCUUGGGUCUUUUGCAACUAAAAUAAAAAGGUGGAGCCUUGGAGCAGUUUAAGAAGAGAACUACUCCACCUGAAGAUUAUAUUCUUAGAGGAACAAGAAGCCCCAGCAUCCUGCUGGAUCGCCACCUCUGCUGAAGUUUACUGACAUACAGAGGAAAUACAACAGGCAGAGAGAUUUUUCUUGGUCCGUCUUUAUUCCGAACUCUGCACAGAAAUGCUGUCGGUAUCGUUCCCGUCUUUGGAGAACAGUCAAACGGGGAAAAUAUUGGCUGUCAUAGAGCAGUGGGACGAGUCGUCUAACCAAUAUACAGACAACACUAAGAAGUAUUUUAUGCUUUUCCUCAUCAAGUUUGGACUGGAAACAGCUGUGUUUUACUCAUGUAGUCCCAAAAAGUACACAUACUUUUUGAGUGUCUGCAGCCUGUCCAUUUUGGUGGCUGAUUUUCUUCUUACAUUUUUAAUGGGAUCCACCUGGUUUCUUGGAGCUGAGAAGUCUUUGAUGGCACCCUGCUCCCUUUUGGCCAACGCCUCAACAAUAUAUCGAGCUCUGCCACUGCCUAUGAUGCUCCUGGGCUUGGUGGACUACUGUUUAGAAGACAUCUUUAUGAGUGGCUGCUCAGUGUUCUGGAAAACACUCAGGAAUGUCAUCCUGACACUAGUGGUUUGGGCAGUUGCUGCUUAUUUCUCAUUUUACUCAGAAUAUGCAGGGCCAGUGGAACUGGAUGAUGUGGGGGAGAUAAAGGUGUUUGUCUGUGAAGUGACAGAGUCAACACUGAUCACAGCCUUCAUUUUGGGACUUUCCACAGCGAGCCUCCUGACGCUGGUGCCAUUUUGGUCCAAAAUUUCCCAUUGGGUGAGAGAAGCCGACAGGCUGAUUGAAGCUCGGGAGCAGCAGCAGAACACAGGAAGUGACCUGUUCUUCACUUCAACCUGGAACCCCAACCCAGGAACAAAAAUCGGCCUGGAAGAACAGCCGGAGGAGAACAGCCUGAAGAGGCCUCCUCUGUGGUUCGGCAUGACGCUUGGCUUUUUAUUGUUCUGGAUGCCAUAUCUGGUGAUGUCCAUGACUUGUUUGAUCUGCGGCUUUGGUGUACCCGCAUACUUCUCAUUUAACCUUCUGUGGUUGGAGUGCUCCAACAGCCUCCUGGUGGGUUUGGUGUUCUGGGCCAAGAGCGGCAAAAACGGGCCUUACAGCAGUCUACCAGAGAACGUGUGCUUAUGGCAGGUUUACUGGCAUUUGAGCAGAGAUAUACGACUGUCCCUUCUGCCCGUUGCUUUGUUUAAUCCAUCACUUAAAAGGAAGAACAGUUCACUUCACGGGUAAAAAAAACAAAAGCAGCCCAAAGUCAAGACACAACUAUGUAACUUAUAUAAAAAUGAUCUGGCACAUGAAUCAAGCCGAAUCUGUGGUCAGCUCAUGGAGGAAUGUUGCUAAGACUGGACUCUCUAGCAGCCAAGAGGCGAGAUAUAGCAGUUUUAACUGGACUGUACAAUCAAAGUCCUACAAAGCCCAACUUUUGUAACUGUUUACUUUGCAUGAUGGGAAAAAAAUCACUUACUGUUAAAUGCAGCAUGUCACGUUACUUUGCAUUUAUCUUCUGUUCUUUUAACUUUGUGGACUCAACAGAUACAUGUUUGUAAAAAAAAAAAUAAAGUAUUUUGAUAUAUG